CGGACGCUGUUGGACCAGUUUGGGAAGCAGCAGUGGUGAGGUUUGGCCUUCAAAAGUGUGCGUCAGCAUCCACCAGAAGAUUUCUGCUUUGCUCCUGACAGUAUUUGAUCCUGCGUAUCCCAAGGGUGUUUGCUCUGGUAGGGGCCAGAGUUAUUCAGGGUAUGAAUGAGAUGUCUUCCUGGACUGUUUCCAGUUUGGAAGAUGUGCCCGAUCUUUGACAAAGCUGUGAUAAAAGCUUCUGCUUAAAACAUUGACUGGACCAAAAACAACAAAACCCAGGAGGAGGUAUGGCUGUGAAUGUGGAAGAUGAUGAUGUUCCCCUUAUUCUCACCUUGGAUGAAAGUAGAGGCCAUGUCUCUGCGCCAGAGGAGCCCCCCAGUGAAAAUGGAGGCAGCUAUGACUUCAUCAAUGAUGUCCCCAGUCCAGCUGCUGGGGUCUGCUACCCUCAACGGAGACAUGUGAGAGACAACUGGGAAAUGAACUACCAAGAGGCAGCAAUCUACCUCCAGGAAGGAGAAAACAAUGACAAAUUCUUCACGCACCCCAAGGAUGCCAAAGCACUUGCGGCCUACCUCUUUGUCCACAAUCAUCUCUUUUACCUAAUGGAGCUGACUACGGCCCUGCUGCUCCUGCUGCUGUCCCUCUGUGAGGCACCCGCAGUGCCCAUGCUUCGACUUGGCAUCUAUAUUCAUGCUACCCUGGAGCUGCUUGCCUUGGCAAUAGUAGUGUUUGAGCUGUCUAUGAAAAUGAGAUGGUUGGGCUUCCACACCUAUAUUCGGCACAAAAGGACCAUGGUCAAGACCUGUGUGCUGUUGCUGCAGUUCAUCGAGGCGAUAGUGGUGUUGGUGCGCCAGACGUCACACGUCCGGAUCACGAGAGCCUUGCGUUGUAUCUUCCUAGUGGACUGUCGUUACUGCGGAGCUGUCCGAAGAAACCUGCGGCAGAUCUUCCAAUCUCUCCCUCCGUUCAUUGACAUUCUCCUUCUCUUACUUUUCUUCAUGGUCAUUUUUGCAAUUCUUGGUUUUUAUUUGUUCUCUCCUAACAAAUCGGACCCUUAUUUCAACACCUUGGAGAACAGUCUUGUGAAUCUCUUUGUUCUUCUGACUACUGCAAAUUUCCCUGAUGUGAUGAUGCCAUCAUAUUCCCGAAAUCCUUGGUCUUGUGUCUUCUUUAUUGUGUACCUUUCUAUUGAGCUGUACUUCAUUAUGAAUUUGAGACCUUCAGGAAUCUCUUUCAAGCAGUUUGAUGGGCUGAUGCGUUUUUAUAAACCUCGGAUGAACUCCAGAGAUCGCUACCUUACUUUCAAAGCACUGAAUCAAAGCAAUACUCCUUUAGUCAGUCUAAAGGACAUACACAAUUUCUAUGAAGUUGUUGGUUUAAAAUGGAAGGUAAGGAUUUUUUAAAAAAUGGUUCUUUGGAGGAGUUAAAUGGAGCCACGAACAGCAUUCCUCAUUUUUAAAGGCAUUAACAUACUGGUGAAUUCCCGAACCUUCCAGUACACCAUGUAUACUCUGGUGGCAGUGAAUGGCCUCUGGAUCUUAGUGGAGACCUUCAUGCUGCGAGAUGGAAUCUUCUCUCGAGAUGUCCCGUGGAGCUAUAUUGUCUUCCUUACAAUCUAUGGGGUAGAAGUGCUACUGAAGGUCACUGGACUGGGGCCUAUAGAGUACCUGUCUUCAGGCUGGAAUUUCUUUGAUUUUUCGGUUACCCUCUUUGCCUUCUUGGGUCUCCUGGCGCUGGCAUUUGACAUGAAGCCAUUCUACUUCAUUGUAGUUCUGCGGCCAUUGCAGUUGCUGAGGCUGUUCAAGCUGAAGAAACGCUACAGGAAUGUCUUGGAUACCAUGUUCGAGCUGCUUCCCAGAAUGGCCAGCCUGGGCUUAACCUUGCUUAUCUUCUAUUACUGUUUUGCCAUCAUUGGCAUGGAGUUCUUCUCAGGAAAACUUUACCCAAAUUGUUGCAACAGCAGCACAGUGGCAGAUGCCUAUCGCUGGGUGAACCGCACCAUUGGGAACAAGACGGUGGUGGAAGAAGGCUACUACUAUCUCAACAACUUUGACAACGUUUUGAACAGUUUUGUUACCCUGUUCGAGUUGACAGUCGUCAAUGACUGGUACAUCAUCAUGGAAGGGGUGACAUCAGAGACUUCUCAUUGGAGUCGCCUCUAUUUCAUGAUUUUCUACAUUGUGACCAUGGUAGUGAUGACCAUAAUUGUAGCCUUUAUAUUGGAUGCCUUUGUGUUCCGCAUGAACUAUACUCGGAAGAAUCGUGAUUCAGAAGAAGACAGUGGUAUUGUAUUAGAGAAGGAAGUCUCCAAGGAAGAAAUUACCUCAGUCGCAGAGCUGUAUGGGAGGAACGGCGCUGCCUCGGCUGCCAGCCAGCUUCUCAAGGUCGUUUCCCAGAUGGACAGGCACAGGCAAACAUCCAUGCUGUUUCUGGGACGGAGAUCAAGGACGAAAAGCGACUUGAGUAUGAGAAUGUAUGAGGAAGAGAUACAGGAAUGGUACGAAGAGCACACCCGGAAAGAAGAAAACCAGCUCCUAUGGCAAGAUGACGAGCAGCUGCUCAGCCAGCCCUUGCCUCCUUCGAGCCUCCGGCAGCGUGCUCAGACCAUUAUCUAGGCCAGGCUAACUCCAGCUGCUUCAGCCUGCGCAUUAACCAUUUCGUGUUCCCUUACUCUGCAAUGUACGUACUGUAUUAAUGCAUAGCGUAGAGGGGAAGCCAAACUUCUCCCGGCGUCCUUUUGGUUCAGGGGGUCCAGGAAGACAAGCAGCAGAAGCCUCCAGGGCUGAUUCUCCUCUUUGAGACAGACACUGCCAGGCAUCCUGGCCCAGAGCAGGAGGCUCCAGCGCACAUCUUGAAACCAGUUUGGUGGACUGGCCAAUAGACAAGGGUGAGAUGGUACUACUUACGAGUAGGGGGAUCCACCUGGUAUACUUUUGCAAUCUGUGUCACACAAAAGCAGGAAGCUUCCUUUUGCUAAUUCCCCAUAGGCAAUCCACUCUGUGUGGCGAAAUAAUACUGCCUUCCCAAGUCUCAGGUGCGUCCCAUUCUCCUUUGAGCAGCCACACGCCCAGCAUCCUGGAAUGACCACUAGCACUGACAUAAAUGGAGCGUGGCUGCCCAGUUCAUAACAGGACUGCUCCUCUCCUUUAAUGGUUCCCAUAUAAGAAAUUAGUUCCUGGCUUCAGUAAGCUGCGCAACACUCUGUCUCCCAAGGAGGUUUGUUUCUUGAUAGGCAUAAGCCACUUUCUUUUUUUAACUUACCACAGUCUGAAAACUGUUAUGCCAGGAUCCUCCUCUGAGGAAAAAUUUUGUCGUCCCUAAUGGUAUCUGUGGUGUACAAAAACCCAUCAGCUUACAUUAUGGUCCAGAGAGAAGUGUAAUAAUGUUGCUGAAGCUGCCUUGGCCGUGGCAGAUAUUAAAGCAAUAAAAGAGGGGGGGGGGAAUGGUCAGACUUGCAGUCCUUGCACGGGGCUUUUGGGUUGGGCCCAGUCGCUUCCUGCAUUCUGCAGAGAAAUCUCAACCCUUUUAUUAGUCUCAGGCACUCUCACAAUAGGAGAAAAGCGACAAGUGAGCCAUCUUGGCUGUGUUUAUUUGUGUGCAGCAUCCUUUAUCAGUCCCAGAAAGUAAUGGAAAACUGCCUUCCGAUAACAGAACAAAAUACUGCCUGCUUCCAGGCCGUUGCUGGAACCCCAGACAGCCAGCAUAAUUCUCUGCCAUCUGUAUUUUGCUAUUUUGAGUAUCCCUUACAAUAUAUAGGAGAAAGGAAUACAUGAAUUUGCUGAGGUGGACAAGCAGGGUAACUGUGUAACCCAAAGGUGUCUAAGUGAGGGGAUCUAAUAAUGGCAGGAGGAUAAUCCAUCACCUUUUGUUAUCACAACUUUUAGUUGCUAAUGGAAAAUGCCUUCUGCCUUUACUGUGGUGAAAGUGAAGUUUCCAAUUCAUCUCUUUAAAAGCCCUAAAAUGCCUUCUAUGAAGACCAACCACAAUAAUACACAGAAGCCGCCCUGCUUGUGGGGAAAGGAGCAGGAUAUAAGUUCAGUAAAUAAAUAAUAAUAAAUAGAACAAGUGUAUGAGCUUUGGAGUUCUGGAGAGCUCUUGAUCAGCCUGGAUGUUUGUUUUUAGAUCUAGAUUGGGGUCCCCCAGCAUGAUGUCUGCGGGUGCCGCGGUGCCUGCCAAGUAUUUUUAGAACAUGGGUGGGGCCAGGCGGGGUCUUUGCCCAGCAGGGUUUCGGAUUGGCAGUGCAGGUUUUUCUAAACAUUGCUUUGGCAGCAGCCGCCGCUUCCACAGCACAAGGAUCUUCAAACUGUGAGGAA